AUGAUCCCGCUCUUGAUUGUCGCGCUUGUUCAAUGUGGAGGCAAAAAGUGAGUUUUUUCGUACAUCUCGUACUAGAUCCUGCACUGUUACUUUUGGCGUAGAAUUCAACACUGACUACUUUGCUACACCCUAGUUUUUUUAUGUUUGCUGUUUCUGUUGGCAUUACAAUAGCACUGCCUCACUACAAAUAUUGGUAUAUCGUUAUAUUUUUAAAAUUGGUUACAUGCUUAUACUCUGUCCCAGUAUAAAUCAUACGACAUAAUCUGCUAUUGCAGGAAGAAAGAGCCGAUGCCGGCGCCAAACAAAAGUGGUGCUAAAUUUGCAGCUGCUCCACCGCCUGGUGCUGCUCCUCCUGCUGGUGCCGCUCCGGCCGCUGGUGCUGCUCCCGCUGCUGGGGCGGCCGCUCCUGCUGCUGCAGCCCCCGCCGAGGAAAAGAAAGAAGAAAAGAAAGAGGAGGAAAAGAAGGAAGAGAAGAAGGAAGGCGAAGAAAAGAAGGAGGAAGAAAAGAAAGGGGAGAAAAAGGAAGGUGAAGAAAAGAAGGACGAAGAGAAGAAGGACGAUGAAAAGGUAACUUUCUUAUUCGUAGUUUUAAGCUAGGCUUACUUAGACUCGGGGAACGGUUCGGGUCUGAACAAAGCUUAGAUAAGGCCGGGUCCGCUUUUCAUACCCCGUUCUAGGCUUAAUUAAAUAAUAAAAAAUAUUUGAAAAAGAACACGUAAUAUUUUGUAACGGAAAAGCAAAAACAAUUAAUAACUUCGAAAUUUCAGAAGGAAGGAUCCAAGAAAGAGGGCUCGAAGAAGGAGGGCUCUAAGAAGGAGGGUUCGAAGAAAGAAAAGGAAGGAUCCAAGAAAGAAGGCUCGAAGAAGGAUAAGAAGGACGGCUCAAAGAAGUCCAAAAAGUCGGCUAAAGGCAAAGACAAGAAAGACGAAAAGGAGGAUGAAAAGAAGGAGGGAUCCAAGAAAGAAGGCUCCAAGAAGGAGGGAUCUAAGAAAGAAAAGAAGGAAGGAUCCAAAAAAGAAGAGAAAAAAGGAGAAAAGAAGGAGGAAAAGAAGGAAGAGAAGAAGGAGGAGAAGAAGGAGGAGAAGAAAGAAGGAUCUAAAAAGGAAGAAAAGAAGGAAGAAAAGAAGGAAGAGAAGAAAGAAGAGAAGAAGGAAGAGAAGAAGGAGGAAAAGAAGGAGGAGAAAGAAGAAGAAAAGAAAGAGGAGGAGAAGAAAGAUGAAGAGAAAAAGGAUGAGGUAAGUUUUUAAAAAAUAUUUAUAUUCACACCUUGAAAUCUAAAUCAAUUUCCAAUAAACUAAUGUUUUUAUUUCAGGAGAAGAAAGAAGGUUCCAAGAAAGAAGGCUCCAAACAAGACGACAAGAAGGAAGAGGAAAAGAAGGAAUAG